UUUAUUGUAAACAGGACCGUGACGUCAGCAGAGGGAACCAAUAGCGGCGGCCCAGUGACGCACCGGAACCGGAACCUCGCCGUUAUUUUAUUUUAUUUUUUUCCGUCUCGGUGAGACUCGGAGCGUCUGCGGCUCCUGGUCCCGGAGACUCGGAGGAACAUGGAGCACAAGCUGAUCGUGGCGGUGUCCGGCUGCCCGAGUCUCUACGACUCCAACUGCCCGACUUACCGGGACCUGAACAUGCGGGCCGAGUCCUGGAGGAGAGUCUCCCAGCUGGUCGGGGUCCCCGAGGCGGAGUGUCGGAGGAAGUGGAAGACCCUGCGGGACCAGCACCGUAGGGAGCGUCAGCGUGAGAAGGACCGGAGGGAGAGCGGGAUCGGGCUCUUUAACUACCGGCCCUGGAGGUACUCGGCCAUCCUCUCCUUCCUCAACCCGUUCAUCGACGCCCGGGCCGCCGGCUGCAACGGCUGGGCCCUGGACCCCCAGCCCUCCCAGGCCUACGCCUCCGAGAUGGGCUGCAGCACCACCACGGAGCCCCGCAGCGACGAGGACGACUCCUACGACAUCUCCAUCGCGGACGCCACGACGACGACGUGUUCUGAGUUCGUCCAGAGGAAACGCUCGUCGUCCGUCAGCGGCGACCUGGUCCGGUUCAAAGAAGCCAAGAUGGAGGUGACGGCGGAGCCGGCGGCGGCGCGGGACGACGUGGUGCAGCUCCAACACGACAACAUGAAGGAGCUGUUUGAGAUGAUGAUGCAGUCGGUGACGUCUCUCGCCGCCACGCUGGCGUCCUCGCACUCGUCCUCUCAGCCGUCCGUGGACCAGCUGAUGGCGCCCGCCCAGUCCAUGGCGGCGGCGGCGGCAGCGGCGGCGGGGGCGGAGCUUCACCGCGGCCUGCUGCCGCCGUGCGCCGCGUCCCGCCUCCACCACCUGAAGACGGAGGAGGCGGAGCCCGACGUGGUGGAGCUGCUGGACGGGUCCGACGAGGACGACGAGUGCACCGCGGGCGCCGCGGCGGCGUCGCCACGGCCGACCCGCGGGCGCAGGAGGACCGGGGACGUCCUGCUGGAGGAGUACCUGCGGCGCAUGGAGUCCCGGGACGUCCAGCGGGAGCGGGACCUGGAGCAGAGGGACGAUGUGGCCCUGUUCCUGCUGAGCCUGGCCCCGGCCCUCAGACGGCUCUCAGCAGAGAGACAGUCCUGGCUCCGGACCCGCAUCCAGCAGCUGGUGCACCAGGCCGAGUUCGGCCCCGCCACCGCCACCAACGCCGCCUCCACCCCGGGCUCAGCCUUCCUGUGAAACAUUUCCAUUUUUCUAAAUCCUGUACAGAUCACAAACACUUUUAUUCACCUAUAAAGGAUUUCAUUUCCCCAUUUUUAUUCUACUGUAACUUCUCCUUUGUGCUGUUUUUAAUAAAAAUCUUGUGACGAUAGUUUAUACUCCUGAUAUAUGAAUUAUUAAAAUAAAUGAAUCGGAACAAGGA